GGUUUGGGUUUGAGAAUUUAUGUUUGUCAUGUUUUGAGCUUAAUUAUUUUGCAUAGGACUGGGUGGGUCUACCAGCUGGAGUGAAGUUUGAUCCGACAGAUCAAGAAUUGAUAGAACACCUCGAAGCUAAAGUUGAAGGCAAAGAAUCAAAAUCACACCCUUUGAUUGAUGAGUUCAUCCCAACCAUUGAAGGUGAAGACGGGAUUUGCUAUACCCAUCCCGAGAAACUUCCAGGAGUUACAAGAGAUGGGUUGAGUAGACAUUUCUUCCAUAGACCAUCCAAGGCUUACACCACAGGAACAAGAAAGCGAAGAAAAAUUCAAACCGAAUGUGACUUGCAAGGCGGGGAAACCCGAUGGCACAAGACAGGUAAAACAAGGCCGGUUAUGGUUAACGGCAAGCAAAAAGGUUGUAAGAAAAUCCUGGUUCUCUACACGAAUUUCGGGAAAAACCGGAAACCCGAAAAGACGAAUUGGGUGAUGCAUCAAUACCAUUUAGGACAGCAUGAAGAAGAGAAAGAAGGAGAACUUGUGGUUUCCAAAAUAUUCUACCAAACUCAACCGAGGCAAUGUAACUGGUCAGCGGAAAGAAGCAGCACUGCAAAUUCGAAUAAUGCCGUAUUGGUGGAUAUUCAAGGAGGGAUUAAUAAUAGUAAUAAUAAUAGUUUGGAUGCUCUGACAAGAAGAGAUAGUUCUAGUACUACUGGAGGAGGAAGCAGUUCCUCGAGAGAGUUAAUGAGUAGUCAUCGAGAUGAACUUUCUGCUGCCAUGUCAAGUUAUGGUGCUGCUCUCGACAUUCAACAAUUGAAAGCUGAUCAGUUCAGCUUUCUACCGUAUUCUAGGAAAAGCUUUGACGAGGGUACUGGUGGAGUUGGGGAGCCUUCGGUACUACUAGGAAGGGACAGUACAACCGCGGCAACCGCUGCAAUGGCGGUGGUGGUGGCGGCGGCGGCCGCGGCCGGGGGAGUCACGUGCGAGGAGCGUGACCGAAGAGCGCCACCGCAGCAGCAUCAUCACGUGACCCACGAGCAGGCUCAACACCAUCAACAACACGUAGUACAGCAGGUCCAACACCAUCAUCAUCAUCAUCAAUCAAUGGGAAUGGCAACAACAGCAACAGCAUUUCAUAUCACAAGGCCCUCACAUUCCAUAUCCACCAUCAUCUCUCCGCCGCCCCUUCAUCAUACUUCCGUCAUCCUUGAUGACGACUCCUUCCAUGUUUCCAGGCUCAUCCUCCAAACUGAUAAUUUUCAGCAGCAACAACAACAACAUCAACAGCAGUCUGUAGUACAACAGCAGCAGCAGCAGCAACAACAACAUCAUAAAAUGGGAGGGAGGUCUGCUUCUGGUUUGGAGGAGCUCAUUAUGGGGUGCACAUCUACAUCUUCUACUGAUGUCAAAGAAGAAUCAUCGAUGAACAACCCACAAGAAGCAGAAUGGUUGAAGUACUCCUCAUUUUGGCCUGAUCCUGACAACCCGGAUCAUCAUGGAUAGAAGAGAUUGAGAACCCAAACCCAAAAAAAAAAGGAAAAAAAAAAGAUGAAAAUGAUCAAACAUACUCAUCUCAAUCUUCAUCAUUAGUACUUGGAGAAGCUGCAACUUUCUUUUUUCCAAAAAUAAGUGGCCCUGGAGAGAGUAACAACUAGCUAGAUAUGGUACCAUCUUAUACAUAUAUUUCUUCUUCCUUUAGGCUCUUUAUCCAAAUGAUCUCUCUCUUUUUCUUUUUUCUUUUUUUUUU